AUGAAGCCAAAGCUCGAAUCGAGGGCCGCUCCGGUACAAGAUCAGCCACCACAUUCGAAUCCUGCUACUAGACAAGGUAGGCGCCGCAAGGGAGUCGAUGAAAAGGCAACUAGCCCAAACCACGGGAGGGACUUGGCCCUGUUCCGACCGCCAGAGCCGUGCUAUGAUAGCAUAUCUCUGGCCUAUUUUGUCCGCCGGUUCGUCACUCCUGAUGCAGGCGACGGCUUUCCCGGCCACAUGACUUUUCUCCCUGAACUCUUCAACCAACACGACCAUGGCCUACUCGAGGCGGCCACGCUCAGCGUGGCGCAAAUGGCGACAUACAACCAAUACGGCAGUGAGAAGCUCAUGGUACAGUCAUACAAGAACUACGGCAAAGCGAUUCGGUUGCUACGGGACAUCAUCCAGUCGGAAGAGCAGGUGACGGACGACAGAGUUAUUAUGUCGAUCCUCCUCCUCUGCACACUCAAGGACAUUAGUGGACACGCAUCCGAUCACUUCAAUGAUCAUGCUUCUGGUCUCUUCUACGUCGUGGAGAAGAGGGGCCCAGCACAAGCUGCUACAAACGUAGGCGCCGAGCUACUCUUUCUGUCCCUAAUUCGUCUGCAAUCGCAUGCAUUUGUCCACGAGGACGAGUUCUUCGGCGACCCCGGUCCCAUCGCGAAUGCCUAUGGGUGCUUUGACACGCUCGUCAGUGCAUACUUUCUGAUGGCCAAGACCCUCUCCCUCCGGCGCGCUCUCAUAUCAUGCUAUUCGCGGCUCGAACCUGAAUCAAGUCAAUCGAGCAAUGACAUUCCGGACCCGGAGCGGGUCAUAGCGGAAUGCUUCGAGACACUCGACGAGUUCUACAAAUGGGACAUGGAGGCGCCGAAACACUGGCAGGCCGUAUUCGAAGGCCGGGCGCCACCGACGGCACUGGGCGAGGUGGGAUCUGGCUCGGCACACUACGACGCCGAGACGGCGUGUUCGAUCAUCUUGAUCCGCUCGGUCCGGCUCGUGCUCAUGAUGAGCCUCAUUGUCUACCACAAGAAGUUGCAAGUACUGGCUGGCUGGGAACAAUGCAACCUACCCCAUAAUGUGGCACUGGCGGGCUGCAUCCCCAUGCUGGAGCAGGACAUACGCAAGUGCAUCGACGACAUGCUGUCCGCCGUCCCCUCCGCCCUCGGCGACGUCGAGGAUCCGAGCGGCCAACGCUCCUCGAUUUGCUGCGACGGGGGCGCUGCCGUGGUCAUUGUCCACUCCAUCAGGCUGGCGGCGUCGUGUGCUUACGCGACCAUGGAGCAGUGUCGAAGAGCCGUGGAUAUCCUAUCUCGGUUCAGUUCCGGCAUUGGGGUUAGGUCGGCAGUUGGAGCGGAGCAGAGUUCCAGGAAACGGUGGAUAUGGGUACAGGAGCAGGCCUUUCUUGGACCGACGGCACUGAACACCUUGAAUAGCGGCCGGGUUGCUCUCGGGAAACCUCCGCUCGGCCUGAGCUAG